UGCUUCAAUUUCUUCGAGUAAAAAAAAAGAAAAGAAGAGCAGUGUAAGAAAUUAGAAAGGGCGAAAGGCGCACUUUAUCUGAAAGCAAAAACCCUACCUAGGGUCAACCGUGACGCCAUAAUCGCUCUUGCGCGUUUGAACGCCUUCAACAUCUUUGCAACGGGAUCAGGUGCUCUGAUGGUCGGAACCUGAGGGAGAUGUCAGGCAGAGGGCGGGGACGGGGGGGACGGGGAGGAUGGGGAUGGGGAAGAGGAGGUGGAUUUAAUACAUUUGCCUCUCAAGUUCCAUUUGAUCUUUUUCCCGAGGCUGUUACUUUGCCUGAUGUUAACCUUGAUGAUAUUCAUGAUGAUACCAAAAAGUUGCUUCGUUGGGAUAGUCACCUUCAAAAUUAUUGGGAAGCCUCUCCUUAUUUUCUCGAGGACAAAACCUCCAAGAAGAGGCAAAGUAUGCACAUAGCUAAAUUCUCGGACAGGAAGAAGAAUGAUUUCACUCGUGACUCUCUCUCACAAGUUUUAAUGUUCAAUGAUUUCCCUCAGGAGUUAGUUCAAGGUGCAUCUAAGCGUGCGUCGAGAAGAAAAAAGUUUCGAUGGAACCCAGAGUCAGAGAUGAAGAAACUUGAUUUCUUUGAACAACAAGAGAAAACAAACCAGAUUGAUACUUCAACAACCUCCUCUGCUGCUUUCAUCAUCACCACUAUUUAUUGCCACUGUCAUUGUGAACACUGCCGCAACCUUUGCCACUCCACCGAUGCCAUUAUUGUUGUCACCACCAGUGCUAAUCCCGUUAGUAUUGCCUCCACCACCGUUGCCAUCAAUUUUAUUAUCACCACAUCCAGUAUCAUUGCAUUGUUACUACCACCAUCACCAUUACUACCAUUGCUGCAACUCUCCGUUAGCAAACUUCAAGGAAUGGGCAAAGAGGAAAAUGAUGAAAAUGAAAAGAAAGAUGGAGAAGAUGGAGACGAGGAUGAAAAUGCACAAGAGGAGGAUGAAGAAGAUAUUAGUGAUGAUGAUUAUAAUCAGAAUAUAGAUUUUGAUGACGAUGAAGAUGAUUAUAAUGAUGUAGAUGACGGGGAUGAUGAACCUACCUAUUAGAUAUCAGUAUGGAGAAUGUUCUUCUGCUCAUCCCGUGACAGCUAUACAAGCAUGGACUGUUGCUCCUUUAAUUUUACAGUUUGGAAGUUAAAAUUGUUCGUUAGCCUUAUUUGGCUUUUACUUUGUCACUAUUUUAACUUGUUCAAUUACUAACGGAUGUUUUCCUUGUAAAUGUUUAGAUUAAAGAAGUAUACCGCUUGACGAGAAAGAAAAUAUGGUUGUAGAAAACUUGAAAGAAAUAUCUUUUUUAGUGAUGUGUUAUUUUUCAAUCC